AUUAUUUGCUGAACAUUUUUAUUUGGCCUUACUGCUAUUAGCCCACACAAACACAUUGAAUAACAGAUUCACUACAUGGAAAAAAAACAGUCCAUUGCUCAAAAUAAGUCAUUCCCAAGUGAGGGACAUCUCAAGGAGAAUAACCUGCCAACAUUCAUAAGCUUGUUCAGUACAUGAGGACAAAUUUAGUCAUGACAGCCACUGUUUUUUUUUAUACAAAGGAACAGAAGUUUACAGGUUUUUGUUCCUGGCCUUCACUAACACUCUUUUCAGUUUGCUGCAGCUAGUGACUGGAACGAGCUGUAAAUAACACUCAAACUGGACAGUUUUAUCUCCAUCUCUUCAUUCAAAGACUCAAUCAUGGACACUCUUACUGGCAGUUGUGGCUGCUUCGCGUGAUGUAUUGUUGUCUCUACCUUCUUGCCCUUUGUGCUGUUGUCUGUGCCCAAUAAUAUUUGUACCGUGUUUUGUGCUGCUGCCAUGUUGUGCUGCUACCAUGUUGUUGUCAUGUUGUGCUGCUACCAUGUUGUUGUCAUGUGGUGUUGCUACCAUGCUGUGUUGUUGUCUUAGGUCUCUCUUUAUGUAGUUUAUCUUAGUGAAAGACGGAUCUAUACACCGGUUGACCUAUUAUGGUUUCACUAUAUGGAAAUAUUAUGUAAGGUUUCAAUAUAUGUAAAUAUUAUGGAAGGUUUCAAUAUAUGUAAAUAUUAUGUAAGGUUUCAAUAUAUGUAAAUAUUAUGUAAGGUUUCAAUAUAUGUAAAUAUUAUGUAAGUUUCAAUAUAUGUACAAUAUUAUGUAAGUUCCAUCUUUAAAUAUUAUGUAAGUUCCACAUAUAUGUUAUUAUGAAGUUCUCAAUUCCAUAGUAAUAUCUAUCUAAGUCUCUCAUAAUGCUCAUCAUAAUGUCUCCAUCUAAAGUUAUCAUAUCUCCAUCAUAAUGUCUCCAUCAUAAUGUCUCCAUCAUAAUGUCUCCAUCAUAAUGUCCCAUCAUAAUGUUCUCAUCAUAAUGUCCCAUCAUAAUGUUCCAUCAUAAUUCUCCAUCAUAAUCUCCAUCAUAAUGUCUCCAUCAUAAUGUCUCCAUCAUAAUAUCUCCACAUCACUAAUGUCUCCAUCAUAAUGUCUCCAUCAUAUAUCUCCAUCAUAAUGUCUCCAUCAUAAUGUCUCCCAAUCCAUAUAAUCUCCAUCAUAAUGUCUCCAUCAUAAUGUCUCCAUCAUAAUGUCUCCAUCAUAAUGUCUCCAUCAUAAUGUCUCCAUCAUAAUUCUCAUAUAAUCUCCAUCAUAAUUCUCCAUCAUAAUUCUCCAUCAUAAUGUCUCCAUCAUAAUGUCCCCAUCAUAAUAUCUCCAUCAUAAUGUCUCCAUCAUAAUAUCUCCAUCAUAAUGUCUCCAUCAUAAUGUCUCCAUCAUAAUGUCUCCAUCAUAAUUCUCAUCAUAAUGUCUCCAUCAUAAAUCUCCCAUCAUAAUUCUCCAUCAUAAUGUCUCCAUCAUAAUGUCGUCCAUCAUAAUGUCUCCAUCAUAAUUCCAUCAUUCCAUCAUAUAAAUGCCCAUCAUAUUCUCAUCAUAUCCAUCAUAAUGUCUCCAUCAUAAUGUCCCAUCAUAUGCUCCAUCAUAAUGUCUCCAUCAUAAUCCCAUCAUAAGUCUCCAUCAUAAUUCUCCAUCAAUCAUCAUAAUUCUCCAUCAUAAUAUCUCCAUCAUAAUGUCUCCAUCAUAAUAUCUCAUCUAAUGUCUCCAUCAUAAUAUCUCCAUCAUAAUGUCUCCAUCAUAAUGUCUCCAUCAUAAAUCCAUCAUAAUGUCUCCAUCAUAAUGUCUCCAUCAUAAUAUCUCCAUCAUAAUGUCUCCAUCAUAGUAUCUCCAUCAUAAUGUCUCCAUCAUAAUGUCUCCAUCAUAAUGUCUCCAUCAUAAUGUCUCCAUCAUAAUAUCUCCAUCAUAAUAUCUCCAUCAUAAUGUCUCCAUCAUAAUGUCGCCAUCAUAAUGUCUCCAUCAUAAUGUCUCCAUCAUAAUAUCUCCAUCAUAAUGUCUCCAUCAUAAUGUCUCCAUCAUAAUGUCUCCAUCAUAAUAUCUCCAUCAUAAUAUCUCCAUCAUAAUGUCUCCAUCAUAAUAUCUCCAUCAUAAUAUCUCCAUCAUAAUAUCUCCAUCAUAAUGUCUCCAUCAUAAUAUCUCCAUCGUAAUGUCUCCAUCAUAAUAUCUCCAUCAUAAUGUCUCCAUCAUAAUAUCUCCAUCUUUCUUUCACCAAUAGUUGAAUUAUCUGAGGUAUAAAAAAAUAGAAAUCAAGUGUGAGACUAUCGGAUACGUGACAGUAUUUUGUUUAAAACCCUCCUCAAUAUUGUGCACUUGAUCUCCUUCCCUGUGGUGGGCACCCCUCCUCUCCUCUCAGCAGUGAGAAGAGAUGCUGACUCUGUGAACGUGAGCUGUGUUUCCCAUGGAUGGAAGCCAAGGCCCAGCCUACAGUGGUCAGAUGGGAGGCAGACUCUGAAACCUGAAAGGCUGGACUACAGCAGUGGUGCCCAAGGUCUGGUGUCUGCCCACAGCUGGAUCCUCUCUUCCCCAUCCAGUGCUCCCUGGGUAUCCUGUUCUCUGGUUCUGUCUGAAGGGGAGGAGUGGGAGGGAAGAGUGGACCUACGGAACCUUGCGGCUGUACCA